AUGGAUACUAUUCCAACAAAUACAAUGGUUACAAUUACAACAGAUGGUAAAUGUCAAGAUGACCAAAAUUGGAAGAAUCAUAUUAUAGUUUUAAAUUAUGUUGAUAUAGAUGAGUGUCUAUCAAAUCAUGGCAACACAUACAUAUCCUAUUCAUGUGGAUGGACAGGUUAUGUUUAUGUUGAUUCAAAACCUUGUACACUUGAAAAUCCAAUAUUCACAUAUUGUCAAUAA